CCGGCCAUGCCGCGCUCCCGCCGCGCCGCGCGCCGCGGCACCGGCAGCGCCCGGGCGAGCUCGCCCGGCAGCGAGGAGGAGGCCGGCAGCGAGGUGCUGAGCCACUGCAGCAGUGCCAGCGAGAGCGCCGGCCCCGCUGACGAGGCACCAGGGAGCGAGGCGGCGAGUGAGCAAGGCCAGGAGGAAGAGAUAGAGGACAGGCUGAAAGAGCACAUGGACAGCCUCCUGGACAAGAGCGCCAAGGCGCGGCAGGCGGCACUGCAGAGCCUGCGCCUGGCCCUGGCCUCCAAAAGCCUGCCCGAGUUCCUGCUGGAGCGCCGCCUGACGCUCACCGACUCCCUGGAGAAGUGCCUCAAGAAAGGUAAAGGGGAAGAACAGGCGCUGGCGGGCACCGUCCUCACCCUCCUCUGCCUCCAGAUGGGCUCUGGCCCGGAGGGAGAAGAGGUGUUCCGCAGCCUGAAGCCCCUGCUCAUCAGCGUCCUGACAGACAGCACAGCCAGCCCCGGCGCCCGGCAGAGCUGUGCCACGGCCCUGGGCAUGUGCUGCUACAUUGCUGCUGCUGACCUCGAGGACCUGCUUUCAUGCCUGUCCUGCUUGGAGGGCAUCUUCAGCCCCCCUAGUACAGGCGAAGGGGGCUCAGCAGCUGCCCAGCAUGGGCCUCUGCACUGCAGCGCACUCCAGUCAUGGUCCCUGCUCCUCACCAUCUGCCCCCCCUCCCACCUCAGGAGCAUUUUGGACAAUCACUGGCUGCAGCUGCCCCCACUGCUGACCAGCAGCAGCGUUGCCCUGCGCAUCCUGGCUGGGGAAACCAUUGCGCUGCUCUUUGAGCUGGCCCAGGACCUGGAGGAGGACUUGUGCCACCAAGAUACAGAGUUCCUGUGUACCCAGCUCAAGGUCCUGGCUACUGAGAGCAACAAGUACCGAGCCAAGACAGACCGACGGAGGCAGCGAUCCAUCUUCCGGGACAUCCUGCGUUUCAUUGAGAGUGGGGAGUACCAGGAGGAGACCAUCCGAUUUGGCCUGGAGUGCAUGUACCUGGACAGCUGGGCACGCCAGCGCACCUACCAAGCCUUUAAGGAGGUGCUGGGCUCUGGCAUCCACCACCAUCUCCAGAACAAUGAGCUGCUACGGGAGAUCUUCGGCCUCGGGCCCCCCUUGGUGCUGGAUGCGGCUGCUCUGAAAGCCAGCAAGGUCUCCCGCUUUGAGAAGCACCUCUACAACUCAGCUGCCUUCAAAGCCCGCACGAAAGCCCGGAGCCGCGUGCGGGACAAGCGGGCGGAUGUGCUGUAAUGGGCAGAGGGGGCAGAGCCCCCAGCCCACCGGGACUGCAGACCCAGCACUGUGAGGGGCAGGUGCCCCCAGCCCUCGGGCUUUUAUUCUUGUACAGCAGAGUAUUUAAUGCCUGGAGCUGCCCCAAGGAGGGGCUGCCCCCUCUUUUAUUUUUUUAACCAAAAAAUAGGAAGGAUGAAAGAAGAGCAGGGGGAGGUGGUGGUGUGCUGCCGUGUGCCUGCUCUGUGGCUGGGGAUCCAUGUGGCACAGUGGGAGGGGGUCUCACCCAGGCUUCUGCAUCUCCUUUCAGUGGCAGGGCUCGUGUACACCCUCCCCAGUCCUGCAGCGGCACCAGGGCAGCCUGGCACAGCCUGAAGGGUGAGUGGGAGGGCAGAGCUGUGCAGGGCUGCAGAGCAGCUGGUCCUGGUGUCUGUGCCUGUGGCAGGAGCGUUCUCCCCACCCUGCCAUGCUGGGUACAGCCCCUACCUCCCUAGCCAGCCUGGCAUCGUGAUGGUGGCAGAGCAGUGUGGAGUGGGAAGCUCUGCCCAGUCCUGCCAGCUGCCCACUCUCAGCCCUUUUCCAGCCAAAUGCUUUAUAUGAAAUAGUAAUCUUGUGGGAAAUUAAUUACGGGGGGGCCACUGCCCAGGCGGGCAUGGGGCCGUGCCAGUUGGCAGUGCCUGCCACCCUGGGAAUGUAUCUAUCAUGGUGAUUUUCUAAGACUUUGAUUGUAAGAGGUAAUUAAAAGGCUAAAUAAAGUAUGCCUUCUGCCUUGUUAA